CUGACGGCAAAGCAAGACCGUUUCUGUAUGAAAGAUACAAUGGAACCGGCUCACCUUGGGUCACAUGUUGGUCAAACUGCUUCUGGAAUAUACACAUGUGCAUGCUGUAACUCAACAUUGUUCCAUUCUUCAAAGAAGAUAGACACGGGGUCGGGAUAUGCUACCUUCAUUUCUCCAAUCGAGCACGGGUCUGUUGGAUACAAGCACCAUGAAGGCUCUUGGUUACAUCAUCCGCUCGAUACAGGAAUUCACUGUGAAUAUUGCGGAUCGCACCUUGGGAAUGUACGCGAAGAUGGCCCUCCCCCGCACGGGAGAAGAUACAUGGUGAACUCCGCUUGUCUCAAAUUC